UGAGUGUGUGUGUGAGAGAGAGAGAGAGAACGCAAGAGAGAGAGAAAGAGUGUGUGUGAGAGAAAGAGCGUGUGAGCUGCAGUGGACUUUACUGUUAUAUUGAUAUAAACUCAGCAGCUGAUGAUAAGGUCAUGAGAGCUUCAUCAAACUCAUCAUCAUCCAGGAUGAAGAGUGUGCAGGACAGCAGUGGUGGACUUUGGGACUCGGUGAAAAAAGCCGCAUUUGUUAUCGGAUCAGGACUUUUUUUUCUGGUGGCCUUCAGGAACUCAGUGACAUGGCAUCUUCAGAGGUUUUGGGGAGCAUCAGGAGAUUUCUGGCAGAUGCAGUGGUCCAGACUUUAUACAGCAUUUGAUGGAAAUGAAGCAUCUUUGUUCUUCAUCGGAACAAUGCUGGUGCCAACGUUCUGCUUCUGGGUGUUUAACAUCUUCCUGAUGAUCGCAGAUACAACAGGAAAACCUGUGUUCGUCACACGUUACAGAAUUCAGCAGGACAAAAACAAUCCGGUGGAGGUGGAGCGUGUGUGGCGGGCGGUGAAGGUGGUCCUGUGUAAUCAGUUGUUUUUGUCGGUUCCAUUGGUGGUUCUCACCUACACUGUGAUGUCAUGGCGUGGAGAACCUUGUGGUCCUGAACUACCCACGUUCCACUGGGUUCUAGUGGAGCUUGCUGUGUGUGGCCUGCUAGAGGAAGUGCUGUUCUACUACUCCCACAGGCUGUUUCACCAUCCGUUCUUUUACAAACGCAUUCAUAAGAUCCAUCACGAGUGGACGGCACCCAUCGGAGUCGUAUCUCUUUACGCUCACCCCGUGGAGCAUGUGUUUUCCAACAUGGUGCCAGCUCUUAUUGGUCCGGUUCUGCUGGGUUCUCACAUGGCCACCACAUCUCUGUGGUUCAGCGUGGCUUUGAUCGUCACAUCCAUCUCACACUGUGGUUACCACCUGCCCCUGCUACCCUCGCCAGAGUUCCACGACUUCCACCAUCUCAAGUUUAAUCAGUGUUACGGUGUUCUGGGAGUUUUGGACCGGCUUCACGGCACUGAUGAUAAAUUCCGCAAAACCAAAGAAUACGAGCGACACGUUCUCCUGCUGAGUCUCACACCACUCACUAAGAGCAUCCCGGACACGCCCAUAAAACAAGAGUGACAUCAUCUCUGACACACCCAUAAACAAGAAUGACCUCAUCAUCUCUGACACACCCAUAAAACAAGUGACAUCAUCUCUGACACGCCCAUAAAAGAAGAGUGACAUCAUCUCUGACACGCCCAAAAACAAGAAUAACAAUAAUUUUAAGCGUUCACAUAAAACACCCUAUGCAGUAAUUUUUUAAAUGAUUAUAAAUCUUACGUUUAACACUGUGACAUUUCAUAACUAUUUUAUGCACAUCAACAUUACAAACUACUGUUUUUAAAGUUUUCAUAUUCUAAUUGUAAAAUUGUUUACUGCUGUGUAAUGUGCAUUAAUGUACACUUGUUUAAAUUCAAUAUAAUUUUGCAUUUCUGAA